AUGCGGCGGGGCCUGGCAGUCUUGCGGGCAAAGGCGACCAACCGGGCGGGUGGUGCGGAGUACCGCCCACGUUUUCGGCCACGGCGUCUAGUGAUGCCUGUGGAUCCAAACGAUGUGCACAGUUCACUGCGGUCCAAUAACCCCUUGUAUGAGAAGUACAAGGAGCAGAGACGGCUUCGAAAGGUGGCGGAGCGGCGUGGGUCGAUUGUGCUUGCCACAGUCCCUGCGGAACGCAGUGUGGGAGACGCAUUCCGUUGUAUGCUUGAGGUGUGUGAAAAGGAUGGUCUGUUUUCAGAGUCUAUAUCCUUCACGCCAAAGCACUUGCAACCUUUGGAACAGCUGUUAAAGAAGGCGAAGGUGUUGUCCGCAUCGACCUUUUCGAAACUUGAAGAACCCCAGGAGGUCGAGCCGUGUCAGCAAGAAUAUUCACUCUAUGCCAUUGGUCUUUCGGCUGCAAGGGAAAUGUCAGGAUGCGAAGAACACGUCUCUACGGCUCGUGGAGGAUUGACGGUCCGAGAUAUCGAUACCAUUUGGCGUCUAUUAGACAGAACGCCUCUGGAUUCCCCCGUUCACGGCAUUCUUUCACAUCGAGGAAAGGCUCUCGUUGAAAACUGCAUUGCGAGUAUGGCUCAAGAGGCGUUUCCUCGGCUUCGUUCAAAACACCUUCAGGCUCUUCUUCAUGAGUGCUGUGGGCUUUUGGCGUGUGGACGCGUAGCGCUUCGACUAGGAUUUGCGGACAUGUGUAAUGUGAGUGGGGAAAUAAGUAUGUGGAGAGAGCUGAAUGUAUUGACGGAACGGUUUAACAUUGCACGCCGCAAAGCAGCUGCACAUUUGCAGCGCAUUGAGAAGGGAGUGCCACAGCAGCGACGGUGGUAUUGGCGGGGAGUUCUUCGUUCUGCCGCCGGGAGACUGAAACUUUUUCCUGUACACCAAGAAGAUUUAAUUCCACGGAUGGAGUGGAUACGGGGCUCCGUGUUUGCCUUUGUCGCCUUUAUUGAAAUGGCGGAGCAGUCCGGUGAUGGGGUUCGAGUGGAGCCGUUGAUCAGGAAGUUGUUUUGCAGUCAGUUGGGAUCCUUCCUACACGUGUCUCAGAUACUGGACAAUGCACAAAGACUGACGGAGGAACUUCUGCAAUACAAGGCGACUUCUGAAAAUGACAAGACGUCGUCCCCUCCAGGGAUUUACAGUGAUGUUCAUGAGCGGCAGACAUUAGCGAAUUGCAUUAAGGAGGAACUGGAGAAACUUCGACACAUGACCGAAGAUGAAUUGGAGGUGUUGUCCGAGCGGACGCAUCCGUUAAAUACCCGUGCAGAUGCUCGUCGGGAUCAGUUUGCAUCUAGCGGUGGGGCACAUGCAACGCAAAGUCUCCGUGAUGACAUCUUUGAUGAUUACCGGGUCACUCGACAUCACAAGGAGGCACCCCCUGCUGUGUUACAUUGCAUACGCCCUCAAAAUGCCCUUAAAGAAGCUCAAAUUAUUCUUCGUUAUGAUCCGAAUGUGCCGAAAGUGUUGUCUUCUGCACCGAUCGACGUGGAUCAGGUGGUUCGUCGCGUUACGGAGGUGCAUGAAACCAAUCCAUAUGCAUCAUUGCAUUCCCGACAACAGUUUAGGCAGGUGGAGUACACGGUGUGUCGACUGUAUGCGGGAACGCGUUGUAUUGGCCAAGGCAAGGGCGAGACGUUGAUGGAAGCCAUGAAUGAGGCGGCGCAACAUACAUUGCUGAACUAUUACCUUAAAAAAGGCCCUAGCAUCAUCCCUGAGAAGGACUCAACAACUGUUUCUGAGGGAACAUCUGUGGAUGCGGAACGUACUGAACCAUGGGGAGUUCGUGUAAAUAAAUCAUCCGAUGAAGAAAUAUUUUUUUGA